AAAGUAAACAGACGCUUUUCGCAUGCCGCUCUCGAUUGCUCAGGAAAAUUGAUAAUUCUUGUGAAAUAGCGUGUGAAGUUUAGUUGGUUUUUCCAAUUCCUUUUUCUCCCCUUCGUAUUUUUCCCUCUUGAUUCUCCAUCAAUCCUGAGGGCGCGAAAGGAUGAAGAAGAACUAUAAUCUGAAUAACAUUCCGGAGAGUGAAAGUGAUCGCAAGGAUGAGGAGAAGGACGGAAAGACACUCAACGGAACGACUUUUGUCGCCGGCGAGAAGGCAAUCGAUCAGCAGGUCGAGGAAGAGAAACCAGACGAUGUGAAGCCCCUGAACUUCUUCUCCCUGUAUCGCUACUCAUCCGGCAAGGAUCGCCUGCUGAUAUGCAUCGGAUUGCUGGCCGCCACGGCUUGUGGCCUCUGCACUCCCGCCAAUACUCUCAUCUUCGGACGCCUGAUCAAUGCCAUGCUGGGCAAGGCGGGCAACGCCACGGACGCCCUGCAGCCCGAGGCCAUGGAAACAGAUCCCAUGGAGCAGAUGACGCAGUGGUUCCUCGACGAGAUCCAGUUCUUCGCCAUCUUCAACACCAUCAUCGGCGUGGUGAUGCUGGUGGGCAGCUACGUCUCCACCACGGCCUUCAACUAUGCCGCGCACAAUCAGAUCUUCACGAUCCGCGGCCGCUUCGUGAAGUCUGUACUGAGCCAAGAGAUUGGCUGGUAUGAUCUCAACAAGAGCGGCGAGUUUGCCAGCAGAAUCAACGAGGAUCUAACGAAGCUGGAGGAGGGAUUGGGCGAGAAAGUGGUGAUGUUCGCCAUGUUCAUGGUGGCGUGCGUUGCCUCAAUCAUCGUGGCCUUUGUGUACGGAUGGCUACUGGCGCUGGUGUGCCUAGCCAGCUUGCCCGUGACGAUGAUCUCAGUGGGAAUCGUGGGCGUUCUCACGUCCAGGCUGUCGAAGAAGGAGGUGGAGUCUUACGCGAAGGCCGGCGGCAUUGCUGAGGAGGUUUUCGGUGCAAUUAGAACUGUUGUGGCCUUUGGUGGACAAGAGCUGGAGGCUGAGCGCUACCAAUCUCGCCUGCACAAUGCCCGAUCCAUCAAUAUCAAGAAGAACUUCUUCAUGGGCUUGGGAUUCGGGCUGCUGUGGUUCUUCAUCUACGCCUCGUACGCGCUGGCCUUCUGGUAUGGCGUAGGCCUGAUUCUGCAGUACAACCAUCUGCCGCCAGAUGAGCAGGUGUACGAUGCCGGCGUGAUGUUCAUUGUGUUCUUCUCCGUGAUGAUGGCCGGGAUGAAUCUGGGCAUGUCGUCGCCCUACAUUGAGUCCUUCACACUGGCCAUGGGCACUGGAGCGAAGGUGUACAGUAUUAUCGACAGGGAGUCCCUGAUCAAUGCUUGGGCGAGCAUCGGUGAGCGCCCGAAUAAGGUGGAGGGAAACCUCAGCUUCCAAGACGUCCACUUUAACUACCCGAAUCGCAAGACUGUCAAAGUGCUGAAGGGGAUCAACAUCUCCAUCAAGCGAGGCGAGACUGUGGCCUUAGUGGGACCUUCUGGAUGCGGAAAGUCCACGACAAUUCAGCUGAUCCAGCGCUUCUACGAUCCGCUGGAGGGCAGCGUUCGGCUGGACGGCAGAGACAUCAAGGAUCUCGAUGUGGCGUGGCUGAGAUCGCAGAUUGGUGUGGUCGGUCAGGAGCCUGUGCUCUUCGGUACAACAAUCUAUGAGAACAUACGGUAUGGAUUGGAGAGCGCGACGAAGGAGCAAAUCGAGGCGGCUGCCAAGGCGGCGAAUGCUCACAACUUUAUCAAAUCCCUGCCCGAAGGCUAUCACACGCUUGUGGGCGAGCGCGGGGCGCAGAUGUCUGGCGGGCAGAAGCAGAGGAUCGCCAUUGCCAGGGCACUGGUGAGGAAUCCGGACAUUCUCCUCCUGGACGAGGCCACUUCGGCGCUGGACACGCAGAGCGAGGCGAAGGUGCAGGCGGCGCUGGAGAAUGCCAGCAAAGGCAGGACGACAAUCAUUGUGGCUCACAGGCUCUCGACGAUCCGUCACGCGGACAGGAUUUAUGUGUUCAAGGACGGACAGAUUGUGGAGACGGGUACGCAUAGGGAGCUGAUGGACAAGAAUGGGGAGUACUUCGCCCUGGUGACCGCUCAGACGGGCGACGCAGAGCGCGACGGGAAGCUGGUGAAGAAGAACAUCGCGAUGGACAGCGUGGAUGACGACGAGGAGAUCAUCGACAUGCAGACCGAUGACUCCGAUCUGGACGACUUGGCGCACAGCAUCUCCAUGUGGAAGGUGAUGCGGUGGAAUCGGAGAGAGUGGCCGUACAUCCUCGUGGGCUCCAUUUCUAGCGUCAUCAUGGGCGCCGCCAUGCCGCUGUUCGCGCUGAUCUUCGGCGAAGUGGUGGGCGCUCUGGCGUCUGAUGAUAAUGACCAGGUGCGCGCCGACGCCAACAGAUUCAGUCUGUACUUCGUCAUCGUGGGCAUCGUCGUGGGCCUGGCCACGUUCCUGCAGAUCUACACGUACGGCGUGGCCGGAGAAUACUUGACGGAGAGGGUGAGAGAUUGGUCGUUCAGGUCGAUGCUGCGACAGGAGAUCGCCUGGUUCGAUAACAAGUCCAAUGGCGUGGGCGCACUCUGCUCGAAGCUCAGCUCGGACGCUACCGCCGUCCAGGGGGCGACUGGCCAGAGGAUAGGCACUGUGCUGUCCUCCGUCAGCACCCUCCUGAUCGCCAUCGGCAUCGCCAUGUUCUACGAAUGGCGCCUGGGACUCGUGGCGCUGGCCUUCGCGCCACUCCUCGUCAUCGGCAGCUAUCUGGAGAUGAAGUUCAUGGAGCAGGAGAACAUGGGCAACGCCAAGGCGCUGCAGAAGUCCACGAAGCUCGCCGUGGAGGUCGUGUCCAACAUCCGAACAGUCGUGUCGCUGGGCAGGGAGAGCAUGUUCCACAAGAAGUACGUGGAACUGCUGGAGCCGGCGGCCAGGCAGUCGAAGAGGAACACCCACAUCAGAGGCACCGUUUACGGCCUCUCGCGCUCGGUGAUGUUCUUCGCCUUCGCCGCGUGCAUGUACUACGGAGGACAGCUGAUGGUGCAGGGCAUCACGGAUCUGACCAGCGUCUUUGUGGUCACUCAGGCUCUCAUCAUGGGCACGAUGUCCAUCGCUGGCGCCUUUGCGUAUGCGCCCAACUUCCAGAAGGGCAUCAUUGCGGCCGGCAAAGUGGACGCGCUGAUGAACAGGGUGCCGCUGAUCAGGGACAAUCACGAGGUGACGAAGAAGGAGUGGAAGGCUUAUGGCAACAUCACGUUCUUCGAGACGGAGUUCUUCUACCCAUCGCGGCCGUCCAGUCAGGUGCUGAAGGGCCUCAAUCUCGGCGGGCUGCAGGGACAGACGGUGGCUCUCGUGGGGCCGUCGGGGUGCGGCAAGUCCACGUGCAUUCAGCUGCUGGAGAGAUUCUACGACACCACAGCAGGAUAUGUGGCCAUUGACGAGACUCGCGUGACUGACGUGAGCCAGAAGAAUCUGCGCGCUCAGCUGGGCAUCGUGUCGCAGGAGCCGUCGCUCUUCGAUCGCACCAUCGCCGAGAACAUCGCAUAUGGCGACAACACGCGCCAAGUGUCGCAGAAUGAUAUUAUCGAGGCGGCCAAGCAGGCCAACAUCCACAACUUCAUCUCAUCCCUGCCGCUGGGCUACGAGACGCGCCUGGGCGACAAGGGCACGCAGCUGUCGGGCGGACAGAAGCAGCGCGUGGCCAUUGCCAGGGCGCUCAUCCGCAAUCCGCGCAUCUUGCUGCUGGACGAGGCCACAUCGGCGCUGGACAUGGAGAGCGAGAAGAUCGUGCAGGAGGCGCUGGACAAGGCGCGCGAGGGACGCACGUGCGUGACCAUUGCCCAUCGCCUCACCACCAUCAUCGACGCGGACGUGAUCUUCGUGAUAAACGCUGGCAAGGUGGUGGAGCAGGGCACGCACAAGGAGCUGCUAGCCAAGGAGGGCAUGUACUAUGAUUUGUACACGCUCCAGGCCGCCCCCAACUAAGCGCACUCCUUUGCCUGCCUCCCUGACGAUUGAACUUCAACUUUAGGCCCUAAGAACAUUGUCGUUAAGUUUAUGAAAGAAAAACACAUUAGCUUGCAGCAGAAGUGAAUUUAUUUACACGCUAGUAUUCUUGUCGUUGCUCUAAAAUUAUUAUUCUUGUGUAUUCCAUUUACCGUCUAAGGGAUAAAUAAAGAUGAAUUAUGGCGAUGGUCACAA